AUUUGAUAUUUCUGUUGUCAUGACUUGAUGUACAGAGUAAUGGCGGAUGUUUUGGACGUGAAUAGUGGAUCGGCAAAAUUUGCCAAAAAAGGUAGAAGAGCUAAAAAAACGGUUAAAGAUAAAGAUGAGUUUGAUCUACAUAAAGCUAGUGAUAUAAAGGUAGGUUUUUUCGUGAUUCAUGUGAAUAAGAAGACCAAUAACCUUCCGGAAUGUAAAAUAGGCGGUUGGAACGAGGGUGAAAUUUCGCACAGCGUAUGGUUUGGAAAAAGGUAUGUACUGUACAGAUAUCUCAACAAACACUUUCACAGAGCUGAUGAAGAUACACUAGAUUUUUGCAAAGCUUUACGUAGGGAAGAAUCUGAUGAAGAACUCGAGAUACCGAUUGUUCCUGAUUUAAGUAGUGUUGAGGACCAGUCUACCGCAUUUCAGGGUGCGGUCGCACCGAGUGUGGUCAUAAACAAAAUUCCAGCGUACUGUGAACUUAGUCAAGAUCUACUCAAUCAUGGCACUCUUCAGUUAUUGGACGGUAAUAUUAACUUGAGGGUUUUGACGAAACAUUUAUUCUCUGAAUCUGAAUUGCAAGAAAUUGAUGAAACAUGGAGUUGGGACUUUUUGUUCUCUAAAUUAAAGACACUGAAAUAAGGUUGUAAACUAAACUUAUUUAUAUAUUUCAUGUUAACAAAUCAAACCGUUUGUAACAGAGAUGCAAAAUAUCAAAAUAAUAUUCUCUUUACAGUGUUGAUUUUGGCUUUUACGUAACAUUUAGCACAGGAUAUACUAUAAACAAAAAUUAGCUUAUAUUAUUGGUCAAUGGAAGUUACAAACUACACAAGUGAAGCGUAAUCAAAGAUCCAACCUAUUAUUUUGGGGUCUGCUUGCUAGUCGUUAUUUACGGUUGGAGACCUUGGAUGACGUGGUUCAAUAUCAAUCGCAGUAACGCAUGUAUAUAAAUUUCCUUUCUCACUUCAGAUUUUGACUUAAGCGAUCAAUUUCACGCAUUCUUUUUUUAACCGUACUUUUUAUCCUAUUUUCACGAACAGUGAUACUAACUUUUGGGCUUAUUAGAUUUUUUCCUAUCGGUUUUGUCUUCUUGUACUGGUAUAAAACUUUACAGAUUAGGUCUAUGGAUAUUUGGUCUAGAUCUUAUGUUGUUUAUAAAUGACUGAUUAACGAAGGAGUUUUUUGAAGAGCCUAAAUAACAUCAAUAAAUUAUCUAUCAGUGAAAAUGUUGAAAUAAAAACUGAUAAAGGACAAACGUUUAAAAUUUACUAACAGUAAUUUCACAAUGGUGAUAAUAUUUAACAUAUUUUAUCUCUGAUUGAGCCAAAAAAAAACAAUUAUUGACCGUAAUAAGAUGGUUCACUAAGUACUUUUUUCAACCAACUUUGCUUUUAUUUCCUGAGUGUUUCAAUCUUCUUCUUUGCAAUUUAAUAUUUUUCCGUAUUUGUUUGAAAUCUCUACCAAUAGUGGCUAAAUCUAGCAAUAAAAUUAGCCCCAGAAAUAUAAAAACCAUAAUGAACAUAAUUGAGGAUAAUUUUGCUGCAGAUUCAGCUUCUUUUGGUUCAGUAUAAAUUCGUCCAGUAAGACUCACAGGGACUUUCUCAAUUCUUGCUAUAAAAAGUGGAUUUUAGAAAAAAACUUUUAUUAGAUUAAUAAAAUGGAUGAUUGAAAUAACAGUAACUAACCGUGGAAAUGAUUGACCAUUGCAGUUUGGUCAUUAAAUCUCGUAACAGGCUAUCUAUUUUCAGGUCUGCUUUUUACGAGCUCAAGUUAGACGUCAGAUUAAUAUUGAAGCUAAUACUUUAGUUACUACACUGGUCAAACUGAGUCCUCUGUGAUUAUCACGAGAAUUUUCAACCUCUCCUGUGGACUGGAACGAUCAGUGGUCGAGACUAUUCAGACAGGAUUAUACUCGGUUCCCAGGUUUUAGCUAAGAUCUCAGUCAAUUUAGCUGCUAAAACUGAACCACCAUCCCUGAAAAUCCCGGGAUUUGGUUCAUCAGACCCUCCUGAUCUCCCUCCAUUUACAUUGCUUGUAGUCUUCACAACCUCACUAAGAUUUGAAGGGCUUGCAUCAAUUCACCAUUCAGGUUGACUGAAGAUAGUGGGUAACUGCAGUGUGGUUGAAGGCCAGUUGAACUGUUCCCUAAAAAGUUCUGCCCUUCGAUUUAAUCCCAUGGAUUGGAAGUGAGUAAUAGUCCCAUCCUUUUCCGAGAUUGUUUCACUAACAACCGUAUUGUUAAUGUCGGUUUCUUCCAGAAGUCUGAACAGUUUUCUUCUGUUAUCUUUGACUGCUGCAUUUUCUAUCAUUUCUACUGUUUUUGCUACUUACGACCAUUACAUAUGCUUUUUGUCAGCCCACUUUUAAGCUUCCUCCGCUCCACAUAGUGUUCUGAGCCAGGAGUGACAAGUUUCCGAGCAUAAACCAGUACCGUAAACGCCAUUAGGAUCCAUUCUUUUUUUUUCAACCUUUUGGUUCAAGUUACCUGCAGAUACCACUGCUGUUUCCCUAGCUUUUUUCAUAUUAUGCUAAGCUACCUCAGGGUGGAUAUCACUUUCACGGUUGACCAACUGCUGCUCUAGCUAUUCCUGAAAUAUAUUUUUUACUUUUUCGUUUUUAAGUUGGACUCUUUUUUGUAUAUAUCAUUCCUAAAACAUCUAUUUAUUAUGGUUGUUUUCCUUCGUACGAUUUGUCUCUCAUUUACUUCCCUUUUACAUUCGCACACCACUGACAUGACUGUCAGGUUUUG